UCAAAAUUUUACUCCUUUUUCGUCUCCCACUGACUUUCUUGGUUUAAACCCGAGCGGUCCGACAACUAUUAAAUGCACCGAUCGUGUAACUUCUGGGCUGUAUCCUAUGCCAAGAUGCAUAUCAAACGUUAUAUGUAGUCAUAAUACUCCACCUUACGAUAUUAAUGCAUUGUCAAGUUAUCGUUCAUUCAGACGAACUAGCCAUUUC